UUAUAUAAAAUUAAAAUGGGCUUUUUAAGGUCUUCCUUGGCUUCCUUUCUUCUUCUGUUUCUUGGGCUAUUUGUGGCUGAUGCCCAGUUUGUUCCUGCAUUGUUCAUAUUUGGGGACUCUGUUUUUGAUGUCGGUAACAAUAACAACCUCCACACCCUUAUAAAAGCUAACUUCCCUCCUUAUGGAAGAGACUUUGUCACUAAACAACCAACCGGGAGGUUCUGCAAUGGAAAGCUUGCCGCUGACUUCACUGCUGAAAGUCUAGGCUUCACUUCUUAUCCACAAGCUUAUCUUAGCAGAGAAGCCAGCGGAAACAACCUCUUAAUUGGUGCAAACUUUGCUUCAGCUGCAUCUGGUUAUUUUGAUGCUACAGCCGACCUAUAUAAUGCGAUCCCAUUAAGUAAACAGCUAGAGUACUACAGGGAGUAUCAGCGUAGGGUGGUGGAAAUUACAGGGAAAUCAAAUGCUUCAACAAUAAUAUCUGGUGCAAUCUACUUUCUUAGUGCUGGGAACAGUGAUUUUCUUCAGAACUAUUACAUUGAUCCUCUUCUUCACGCCGCCUAUUCUUUUGAUCGUUUCUCAGACAUUCUCAUGCAAUCCUAUACAAAUUUCAUUCAGGGGCUAUAUGCAUUGGGAGCGAGGAGAAUUGGAGUGACAACACUACCCCCAAUGGGAUGCCUGCCAGCAGCCGUGACAAUAUUUGGGUUGGGUGGGAACGAGUGUGUGGAAAGGUUAAACAAUGACGCAAUUUCCUUCAAUAACAAGCUCAAUGCCACAUCUCAGAGGUUGCAAAAUCACCUUUCUGGUCUCAUAUUGGUUGUCCUUGAUAUCUACCAACCUCUUUUCAAUCUUGUCACAAAUGCUACAGCAAAUGGGUUUUUUGAGGCAAGGAGGGCUUGCUGUGGAACAGGGUUGCUAGAGACGGCAAUAUUAUGCAAUCCGUUAUCUGUGGGCACCUGUGCUAAUGCAUCAGGUUAUGUCUUCUGGGACGGUUUCCAUCCCUCCGAGGCUGCAAACAACAUUAUAGCCCAAACUUUGGUCGCAAGUGGCAUUUCGCUCAUCAGCUAAUCAAACACACGCACGCAUCUACAUACCUCAACAUUAUUCUGCCUUUAUUUCUCUUCAACAGAUCGAUUUUUCUUAGGGUUGUUUGGUUAAUUUAUAUUUCUUGUGCAUGUUUUGUUGUUGUA